AUGGCUUCAGCUGGUGAAACUGCCGAAGAAACCUUCGAACUUCCUACAGAAAUUUUGGAGAAAAUAUUCUCGCACCUAACCAUCGAUCCACUUUGUAAUGCUCGCUCAACCUGCCGCUGUUGGAAGACCAUCGUGGACGCAAAACAAUCCCUGGUUGAGAAGCUCAACUUUACCUUUCGGUGCACUGAGCCGGAAACAUUGGACACCGACUAUCAACCGGUGAUGGCUGAUGUGCCGAUUCGUGCAGCCAUCCUGUCGUUGGUCGAAAUUGUUGCAAUCGACGCGUGGUGGCCAGCGCUAGGUUCGGGAUUGACAACCCUCAGAUUGUUCGACUGCAAGGUGGCCUUGGCAAGGCUUGUGGACAUGCUCCGUCACACCCCGAACCUGGUCAAUUUGACGCUGAAAUCGUUGGAGUACACCUCUUUGGAAUGUGCAGACCCGGAUUUCCGACUGGAUCGGUUGGAAAAACUCCGGAUUAAGGAAGACUCCAUGUUUGAAGCACUGAUACCGAUUUGUCCAAAAUUAAAGCGGUUUUUUCUAGAGAGUGGUUAUUCGGAAGAUAGUAGAGAUUCGAUGUGCUGCAAGUUGAUCAAAAACGUCCGUUUAACAUUGGAGGAACUGGAUUUCACUUUGUCGGAAUAUGGCAAUCGGUAUUUAUUCGGUAUUAAUGAGGUGCAGGCCUCUGAACCAAUCUUUCCAAAUCUAAAACGGAUGGACAUUCUUUUCCACGAUAAAAUUCGGUUGGAAUCGGAAGGAAUCUCGAUAGCUCCAUACCUGACAGCAAUGCCUCUUCUGGAGGAGCUUUGUAUUUAUGCAUCACACUGUGUUGAAUUGAACGGUUUGUUCACCACAAAUCUAAAGAAACUCACACUGUACGAAUUUUACUCUAAUGACCUGGAUUCACUUGCCGCCGGUGCGCCAAAACUUCGCGAGUUACAGCUGGAAGGCGGUGGUGUGCCCUGGUGGGGUGACAUUUUUGAAAUCAUCGAUAAAAUUCCAACGCUGCGAUAUUUGGAAGUGUCGGGACCUGAACCUAUAAGUUUCGAGCAGCCGUGUCUUGCCAAUGCCCGGCCAAACAAUCUGGAAGUUUUAUCCCUGUACGAGUGUGACCGUUUCUAUGCAAAGUCGCUUAACCAAUUUUUAAAGUUGUCUUCUCAGCUUAAACAGUUGAGUUUACUCAGAAUGGAUAUUAAUGAUGAAACUAUUGAGAUUAUUGGAAGAAAUCUAUGCCAGCUGGAAGAAGUAGAGCUCGACAUUCGUGGAUAUGUUCAAGAAGAUUCCGCAAAGUUCAUUAUAAUUUACUGUCUUAAGCUAAAGAAAUUUAGAAUUUACAACUACAAACAGUUUUACGAAGAAGCGAAGAAACUAAAUGAAGAACGUCAAAGAAAUCUCCUUGUUGAGUAUUUUGAGUAUGUUGAGUAUGUUGAUUAUAGGGAGAGAUGUGAUUAUUAUUAAGAAAAUAAUUUUAUAAAAUGUUUGUUCAGUAAAUAAUUGUCUAAUAAAUUUUAAA